AUGGCAAACAAAAUACUAUUUCAAUAUAUUCUUUGGAAAGAUAAAACUUUCCAAAGAAGAACAGUGUAUCUCCAACCCAUUACUAUUAAAAAACAAGAAGUAACCGUUUUCAGUACCGGGACAGGAACAGUAAUAAACUAUGGGAAAUGUCACACUGAACCAACAAAAAGUGGUUCAAGAAAACAUUCUGCAUUAACACAUAUUUUUCUUAUUAUGUUUGAUCAAUUUACUAUUCGUUGGGUGCAUUAUAAGUUAAUUGAUAAAAAGUUAGAUGAACUUCUUGAUAUUAACCCAACAACAGCUUGUAUUAAUGAAAAGAUACAAAACGUAGUUAAUGAAAACAAAACUUACAACCACAAAAUUCUUUUACAACAACCAUCAACUUUAGAAGAUAAAAAACGGACUGAUGUAUCACAACCAAUUUCAAAACCACUUCAAUCUUACAUUAAUGAUCAAAUAAAUCAAAAGCCUAUUAUCAUAGAUUUGUUUGAUAAAUUAUUUUGUGCUGGAAAUCAAUUUUCCGAAAGUAAAAUAUGUGAAGAAUAUUUAGAACUCUUCAAUCUUGAUCAAUUAUUUCUUGUUUGUUUCGUAUCAUUUUUUUAA